CGUUUAAAGAUAAGAAAGCGCCAAAUUUAAACCGGGGUUUUGAGCCGCGCCGUGUGCUGGAGGCAGCUCUAAUUUUAGAGAGGGAGCCGUUGUUCAGCUAACCUGUCCGGCCGUGGAGUCGCUGCUCACAGCAGGGCUGACAAUGGCUGAGAGGAGUUCAACGGCCGCCAGCGCCGGGAGUCUCCUGGUGGACUCGUCCGGUUUCGACUCCAGACUCGCCGACUCCUCCAAGGAGCACUUGCUGGCCGCAUCGGAAGAUGUGGAAGGUGCACCUCUGAUUCAAACAAAAGUUGCGUUAUUGGGAGAAGUUGGGAACACUGAAGAGGUUCUGAAAGCCUUGGAGGAAAUCAAGUUGCCAUUUGUUAAAUUGGGAAGUGUAGAAGAUUUUGAUAAUGAAAAUCAUGAGAUGGAGACCAUAUUUGUGCUGAAAGAAUUUGAAGACCAGCCUUAUGAGACUUUGCACAAGAUGAAUGCUAGAAUUCUGGGGCCUCCUGUUGUGCUUCACUGUGCAAGAAAAAGAGAGCCUUUGCCUUUCACAUCUCGGCCGUUAUAUUGCACAAGUAUGUUGGAUCUGGUCUUGUGUUUCACUGGAUUCAAGAAGGAGAAGUUGCUUAUUCUUGUUGCCUUGGCACAUCAUAUGGGAGCAACCAUUCGUAAAGAAUACACAGGCAAAAUAACUCAUCUCGUGGCCAAUUCUACUCAAAGUGGCAAGUUUAGGGCUGCUGUAAGCAUGGGUACUCCUAUCAUGAGAGCAGAAUGGAUUUACAAGGCCUGGGAAAGACGAAAUGAAAUUGAUUUCCAUGUUGCUGAUGAAGUGUUUCGAAAUGAAUUCAAAGUGUCUCCAUUUCAAGAUUGCGUGCUAUCUUUCCUGGGAUUUUCUGAUGAUGAACUGAGAAGUAUGGAAGAAAUGACUGAAAUACAAGGAGGAAGAUACCUGCCUCUUGGUGAUGAAAUGUGCACUCAUCUUGUGGUUGAGAAUACAAUAAAACAGCUGCCAGUUGAACCUUCCAAAAAACUGUUCGUUGUAAGACAGGAGUGGUUCUGGGGAAGUAUACAGAUGGAUGCCAGAGCUGGAGAGUCAAUGUACUUGUUUGAAGAGUCAGAAAGUCCAACACUUAAGACAUCUGUGUCUUUGCUUUCAUUGAGCACACCAAAUAGUAUGCGCAAGAGGCGUCGCUUGCGUGAUACACUGACACAGUUUACAAGAGAGACUGACAACUUCUCGCCUUUCCCUCCACGCAAAAGGCCUUCAGCAGAAGCUUCCAUUUCACUGGGAUCUCUGUUGGACAUCUCUAAUACGCCGGACUCCUGUGGAGAAACACCCAAGUCGAGCAUAAAACCAUCAAAAUGCUACACAGCUGUUCCUGCAAAGCAGUCUGCUCGGUGGCAGGUUGCAAUGGAGCUGUAUCAAACAGAAAGCAAUUAUGUAGAUAUUUUAACUACAAUUAUUCAGUUAUUUAAGGUUCCUUUGGAAAAAGAAGGUCAACUUGGAGGGCCUAUUCUUGCUCAAGAAGAAAUAAAAACAAUUUUUGGCAGUAUUCCAGAUAUUUUGGAUGUGCACACGAAAAUUAAGACUGACCUUGAAGAACUUAUUUUGAACUGGUCUGAAAACCACAGUAUAGGUGGCAUAAUCCAAAAAUAUUCAAAGGACUUGGUGAAGACCUAUCCACCAUUUGUGAACUUCUUUGAAAUGAGCAAAGAGACUAUUGGGAAGUGUGAAAGACAAAAACCAAGAUUUCAUGCCUUUUUGAAGAUUAAUCAAGCUAAACCUGAAUGUGGUCGCCAGAGCCUGGCUGAGCUGCUUAUUCGUCCUGUACAGCGGUUGCCAAGCGUUGCCUUGCUAUUGAAUGACCUUAAGAAGCAUACUGCAGAUGACAAUCCUGACAAAGCCAGUUUGGGCAAUGCUAUUGAGUUACUAAAAGAAGUCAUGACGCAUAUCAAUGAAGAUAAAAGGAAAACUGAAGGUCAACGACAAAUCUUUGAUGUUGUCUAUGAAGUAGAUGGUUGUCCUGCCAACUUGCUGUCAUCUCAUCGCAACCUUGUCCAGCGAGUAGAAACCAUUGUACUGGAUGAUGACUUGUGUGACCGAGGUGAACAAGUCACUCUAUUCUUAUUCAAUGACUGCCUAGAGAUUGCAAGAAAGCGCCAUAAAGUAAUUAGCUCUUUCAAGAGUCCUCAUGGUCAAACACGACCCCCUGCCUCUCUGAAACACAUUGUGCUGAUGCCCCUUUCCCAGAUAAAGGGAGUAUUGAAUAUUAAGGAGACUGAAGAUUGCCGCAGUGCCUUUGCUCUGGUCGUACGACCUCCAACAGAACAAUCAAACCUACUGUUCAGUUUCCAAUUAAUAGUGGAAGAGCCCAAGAAGGAUUACUGGUUAAGGCUGCUUUGUCGACAUGUGGCAAACACAAUUUGCAAAGCAGAUGCAGAAAAUAUUAUUUUUAAUACUGACCCAGAAUUUCUAGAAGUCAACACAAAAGACAUGGAUAGCACAUUAAGCAGAGCAUCAAGAGCAUUUAAAAAAACCUCAAAGAAGGUGACAAGAGCAUUCUCAUUUACUAAAACACCAAAGAGAGUCCUGCAACGAGCGCUGAUGGCCCACAGUACUCCUGAUACAAAGAGCCCAACGUGCAAUGGAACUUACUUGGGUAGUCGAUUAGCAAGUACUUCCUCGUUAGUGAUUUCUCGUUCUUCAUCCACAUUUGGUCUGAAUGUCUCAGUGAUGUCAGCAAACUGUGUAACUGUGCAGCGUUCUAACUCCCUGGACGGUGCACCUGUUGGCCUCAGACCUCGAAAUAUUCUGCGUUCACCCUCACCAAGUCAGCCUUCUACCCAUCUUAUCGACAGGAGUACAAUCGCCUUCAUUGGUGAGUCUACCAGCAAUGUUUGAAAAAAAGUACCACACUUUCAGUCGAUCAACAACUCAUUUGAUAUAGAAUCUGCACUUUGGGUAAAUCCAUGAAAGAUUUUUUUGAUCAGUUGCAAUCAUUGUGAAAGUGGAAAUUAUCUGAUAUCAAAUGGAAUUGCAUUUGAAACAUGCAUAAUUUUAAAGGAAGGGUAAUGCUAACCAUUCUGUGGAAUUUUUUUUCUUUAACCUUGUUCCAACUUCUUAAUGCUAUGGUUUGCCUGGUUGAAUACUAAUUGAAAAAUUUAUUUUGAUAGCUGUUUUUCCUGCUUCAGUUUGUACAUUUUUGUACAAAUUUAUUUAUUACACUACUUCUGUUGCAUUUUCAUUCAGAUGUGUUUGUUUCUCUUUUUUAAGCACUGAUUAAACUGACAUGAUCAACCUUUAGGGCCAUUUUAACCUAACUGGUUGGGCAAGUAACAAAAGGGAUCGGGUGAAAUCUUGGUUUUGGAUCCUGUCCUAAUAUUCUCCACUGACUUUAAUAGAUAAGAUUGGGUGGGGUGUAAAACCAGAGUUGUACUUGCUCCUGUCAGUUUCUCAAUGGGUAGAUUAGGUUAAAAUUGCUCCAUGAAACUGGCUGCUAGGUAAUUCAUUGAAAUCCAUAGUCUCCAAGACAGGAAAAAGACAGCGUCUUUAUUUUUAAUCCUGAUAGGAAUUUUUUUAAAAAGUAGCAAUCAUACAAUUUACUUAUACCUGCAAAAUAUUUGAUUCAAUUUUUCUGAAUUAGAUGAAAUAUUUCAAAUUUUAUUGGAAGGAGAAUUAAUAGGUGGUCUUCUGGCCAACGUUAUGGGUCACUGUCUUUUAAAUUACUGCAGGAGACAAUCGUGCAGGUUUUCCCAAAGCUUUAUUAAAAAGGAUUAAACGAAGGUUCUGAUUAUGAUUCUAAUUAUAUAAAAUGUAUUAAAAUAAGUUAUUUAGUCAAUAACAAAGAACAGUUCUAAGGCUAUAACAGUUUUCUAGAUACACCUCUUAUUAAAACCUAAGCACCAUUUAUAGAAUCUCAAUUUGCAUGUUAAACCUUGACCUUUUCUUUUACAUUGGAUGACCUUUUUUUGUAGAAUUAAAAGCGCUACGAUGUUUGUAUAUUUGAUGUUUCUAUAUUUUGAAUAUUUUGCUAACUAGGUAUCCAUGUGAUGAGUCACUUUAGUUCUGGAAUACAACUUUGUACUGACACUUACUUUCUUGUGAAGAAAAAUAUUUUUGUCUUAUUAUGUUUCACAUUUCAUAUACUGGGUUACUCCUUUUUAAUGUGUUCUCUAGUCUGCAAAAUAGUAAUCUGAGCUGCUAAGUGAAGGACAUAUUACAUUUUUAUAUGUACAUAACUUUUUUUUAUAAAGUGUAGUUCCAUAUAAACUGAUAGAUGAAAAUAAAAUUUCUUUUGAAAAAA